AUGAUUAUCGUGUAUUUCCGUACUGUGAGACGUGAGGAGUCCAACGAUGAGAAUGAAGCUGACAUUGUCGGUGUCAUAGUAUUUAAAGAUACGAUGGAUUCAGAUCAUGUCUGGAUUCGAUCUUACGAAGAAAACCCGUUUUCAAGUACACCAUCUGUAACAAACGGUUUGUCAUAUACUUGCCAGGCUAUCAUAAAUCCAACUGUUCCUCCGAGAACAAUUGAGAAGCUAGUCCCUCUCAUGGUAUUUAUUUACAGCUUACUGAGAAAAUAUCGUGGCACGACAUUCCCACAGCCUCAGACUGAACUGCUCGAUGAAGCCAACGAGGCAUUUGUAAAUCAUACCCAUUAUCUCAUGUUGACAUUGAAUGUGGAUUGGGUUAAUCUGUUUGAAGGCCGGACUUAUGCCGGUGGUGCUUUAUAUUUACUGAUCAGCAAUUUUUUCAGGGAAAACCAAAUGAAAGCAGAAAGUAUCAUCCUCUUUGGUGUCAUGCCUGGUCCAAAGGAAGCAGAGAAUAAUCAGAUGGGCAAUUUUCUGGAAAAUCUUGUUGAUGAGCUGGUAGAGUUGUACGGUGGUAUAACUGCGAAGGCUACCGAGUUCCCUAGUGGUACUGCUGUCCAUACUGCUAUAAUGCGUGUUACUUCCAACAUACCUGCUGCUAGAAAUGCUGUCGGAUUCACAUAA